UGGAAGUCCCCGGCGCAGUUGAGGCAAAUGGGAACCGGCGGGCGGAGCGGGCCGCGGCCCGCGAAAGGGAGCGUCGAGGGGGCGGCAGCGACUCCUACUGCCGCCUCGGCCUCCUGCCAGUACAGGUGCAUCGAAUGCAACGAAGAAGCGAAGGAGCUAUACCGAGACUAUAACCACGGUGUGCUGAAGAUAACCAUCUGCAAAUCCUGCCAGAAACCUGUAGACAAAUAUAUCGAGUAUGAUCCUGUUAUCAUCUUAAUUAAUGCCAUUUUAUGCAAAGCCCAGGCCUACAGGCAUAUUCUUUUCAAUACUAAAAUAAAUAUCCACGGAAAACUCUGCAUAUUUUGUUUGCUCUGUGAAGCAUACCUGAGAUGGUGGCAGCUUCAAGAUUCAAACCAGAGCACUGACCCUGAUGACUUGAUUAGAUAUGCUAAGGAGUGGGAUUUCUAUAGAAUGUUUGCUAUUGCUUCUUUAGAACAAACGGCCUUUUUUAUUGGCAUUUUUACUUUUCUGUGGGUCGAACGACCCAUGACAGUGAAAAAAAAGCUCAACUUCAUUUUACUGCUGAAAGCAUUAUUGUUAUCUAGCUAUGGAAAACUCCUGCUGAUUCCAGCUGUCAUUUGGGAACAUGACUACACACCUCUGUGCCUCAAACUGAUUAAAGUGUUUGUCCUUACGUCAAAUUUUCAGGCAAUUAGAGUGACCCUGAACAUCAAUCGGAAACUGUCUUUGUUGGCCAUCUUGAGUGGAUUACUGUUGGAAAGCACCAUGGUCUACUUCUUCCAGAGGAUGGAGUGGGACAUUGGAAGUGAUUGUGCCAUCUAUAAAUCUCAAGACUUUUGAAGAGUUUUAUUCUUCUUUACGAUUUAUGCUGUGACCAGCUUCAUCUGAAAAAGACAAGACAUGAAAUAUAAACCAAGCUACUUGUUUGUAAUGAGUAAAAUGAAGCAAAGAUUUGGAAACAUUUCCCAAAAAUGAAAGCAAUGAUUAUGGCAGUGGAAACCCCCCACCUCCCGGCCCAUCCCCACACUCAAGAAUCAGCUGAACCACAUACAUACAAAUACACACAGACUUACGUAGAAACACACAGCCACAAGGAAUGUUGCUAGAGGAACUGAUGUAUGCAGCAAGUGGAGAUUUAUUCAUUAGAGACACCUCAGGUAAGCAUUUGAAUUUAAAGAGGGAGAAUCCGAUUUCAUAAUUCAUAUAAAUAAAAUAUCUGUGUUUCAUUCCUUUGACGUGUUUAUAUGGUUUUAAUUUAAGUGUAACAUUAUUGGCAUUAUAUAUUUGAAAUAAUAUAUUAAUUUCUUAAAACAGUAGAAACUUUUAAUAAAGUUUUCAGAAUAAAUUGAGUUUUUGUUAAUUUUCUAUUCCGUAUCUUCCCUUAUAACUAAAUUACUCCCUAAAAUUAGCUAAUCCAAAAUUAAAUAAGAUGCUAAAAUCCACUGAAUUACACACUUUACAGGGAUGAAUUUUAUGGUUGUAAAUUAUCUCUCAGUAAAGCUGUUAUUUUUAAAAAACAGAUAAGAUGGCACAUCUUUUCACUCUGUCUGUUUCAUUCAUUCAACAAAUAUUUACUGAGCACUUACUAUGUGUGUUAGACACUGGACUCGGUAGUGAAUAAGACAUGGCUGUCUUAAACUUACAGAGUAGUGAUGGAUCCAGAAAUUUGACAGUGUGACAAGUGCUAUAAUGAGAAAAGCAGAGGGUACUAGGGAAAUCCAGAGUAGGAACACCUAUCCCAGCAGGGGAAGUCUUCCAAGAGGCCUGGGAAAGGGAAGGAGCUGCCCAACUAUCCCUGCUAGGGAGAAGAACAAUACAUGGGAAGUCCUAGAGGGCAGAGAGUGUGUAACAUGCUAUCAUAUGCAGAGAACUGGAGGUACACCCUACAGCUGUGUAGAGUAUGGGAAGUAGUUUUUUUUUUUUAAAUGAUGCUAGAAGGUCAUGUAAAGGUCAGAUUAUAAGAGGCCUCAUUAUUUACAACUUAUUCAAAGGACAGUGAAACCAAUACAGACAGUUAGAAAACUCCAAAAUAUAAAUUAGGAUAAUAUCACACAGUAGCCACAGGCUAGAGGAGAUUUUUGACCACCAGAGGGAGCCUGUAAAUGUUAAGAAGAGAACAUGGCUCACAAGCAGACAACGAAAAUGGAAAACAAGUAUUAGAAACCCCUUUCCCUGUAUCAGUGAGGUGUCAAAGAGCAAGUUAACACUGUGGAUGUAUGUUAAAGGACUGGUUUAAACCUGCAAGGUGUAAAUGAAACGCAUCUUGCCCAUCUGUAAUUUUAGACUGCAUUCAGCACAUUGUUUAUCACAGCACUCCUUGGAGUGACAGAAAAAAGGGUACGGCUCCAGAGAGAAGGCAGACUUCUUUCAAGGUGGUCAGCUAGGUACACUGGAGAGAAGGUAAUUCUCUCCCUUCCCAACAUUCUAGCCACUGCCAAGCCUAGGGAAUUAAUCUUGUACUGUCCUCU